AUGCCGGUCAGGAUGAGGAUGAGAUGGACCGCUUAUGCCGGCGUCUCUUCGGCCCUGGCAGCAGGUGUCAUUGUCAAAGCCCUGGCGCAAAGACCCAACUUCUAUUCCGCCGCCGUCUACCUCUCUCAAUCAUCCGCCAACCUCAUGAUCCUGACCAACCUACUAUUUGUCAUCGCAUGCAGCUUUCUCCUCGGUCUCCAGAAACUCCUUUAUGGCAACCUGCGACCCAUCGAGGUGGAACAGCUGUAUGAGAAGGCUUGGUUUGCCGUCACUGAGACAUGUCUGGCUAUGACCGUCUUCCGCGGAGAGAUUGGCUUGACAUUCCUCGCCAUGUUCUUUUCCCUGCUUACUGGAAAGGUCUGGGGAUGGAUAGGAGAAGGUCGUGUCGAAGUCUUGGAACAGCAGCCCCCUCAAAACCCCCGGCUCUUUCAUACUCGUUUGGCUCUGAGUCUGGGUCUUGGGGUGGCUUUCGAUUUGACCAUGCUGGAAUACGUCGUGAAACAAGUCUUGCGAAUGGCCCGACCUGACAUGAUGGUCAUGUUUGGCUUUGAGUUCGCAGUCUUGUCUAUAACAAGCAUCAGUACCGCCAUGAGAUAUGCCAUCAACUUGGUCGAAAUCGGCAUUGUUCGAGAACAGAAGAAGCAACGCAUUGAUGAGAUCAAGAAAGAGAGAAUGCAAACCGCAGCCACACAGUACCAGGAAGCUCCUGCUCCAGAAACCGCCAACAAUGCUUCCUCCGACCCAGACAACCAAUCUCCAACCCCCACCCGACUCACCCUAGAGCAGACCAUCCAAAAUGCAUUGAAUGAAGCCGUUGAUGAGAAUGAUGUGGAAGUGGAAGGAUGGGAGGACAAGGGCCGAUACAUUUUCUACCUCGACCUUGCGACGGACUUUUUCAAGCUUGUGAUUUACCUAGCUUUUUUCUUCAUUCUACUUGUUUUCUAUGGUCUACCGAUCCAUAUCUUGCGAGAUGUCUUCCUGACCAUGCGAUCUUUCUUGAAACGAAUUUCGGAUUUUAUGAAGUACCGGACGGCGACCCGAGACAUGAACGAGAGAUAUCCCGACGCGACAACGGACGAUAUUGGUCGAGAGGAUGUCUGCAUAAUAUGCCGAGAAGAAAUGCGACCAUAUCAACCACCAGUUGUGGAACAAGGCCAACAGCAACCCCGUCCCAAUCCCAUGGCAGAGAGAAUGCGACCCAAAAAGCUUCCCUGUGGACAUGUGUUGCACUUUUCAUGCCUGCGAAGUUGGCUUGAAAGACAGCAGAUUUGUCCUACUUGCCGGGCCAACGUGGUGCAGACGAAUCGCACGACAAACACGCACACGGGAGCCGAACCAGCGGGUGGCCAGGCAGGAGGGCGUCAGGGAGAGGCAGGGCAGCAUCAGCAGGGUGCGAGACAAGGACCUCGAGUUUACCAAUUUGGUCCCCUGCGGUUUGGUGUGGGCGCGGUCCGAGGUGGAAAUAUGUUUGAAGAGCUACAACAACAACUGGCAGCUGAUGGACGGCCAAACGCUGCCCCUCAGGCUAAUGGCGAUGCGAAUGGUCCCCGUCAAUUUGGAAUGGGCGUCCGAUGGGCUGGGUUGCGAGGACGAUCGGCGAGACUUCGAUCGCUAAGUACGCGAGAAGGGUUGGAUUAUGUGGAAGCUCAAAUUCGCCGGGAAGUCGACGAGUUACGUCAAGACACCAACGAACUCAGUGUCCUUCGGUCGAUGCAAGCUGAGCUACAGAGGAUUCGAGCAGCAAGAUCUGGCACCACCGCAGAAACGACCGCCAACGCUUCUGGUGCGGCCCAAACGUCAUUACCGAGCGUGGUGGCUCCGUCAAGUUCUCAAAGUACGACGGCCACAACCCUCACAUCAGACGGCCAACAAAACGUGAUUGCAGCAGGAAGUGAUAGAUUACCUCCAGGACUCACACUUCCAGAGGGGUGGACGAUGAUGCCGCUACAUGCUGUUGGUCAAAAUCCACCCUUUCAGACCCCCAUGUUCAAUGGCCAACAACUACCUACACAGUUGAACUCGACUGGUCCGGUUUUCGGGUACAUGCCCUUUAAUUUCAAUCAGCCUGGAUUCAACGGAAUGAUGCCCAUGCCCAUGCCCAUGCCCAUGCCGAAUAUGCGGCCAGGAGCCACCCCCCAGGCAUCAACCACAGGGCGUACUAAUGGGGCAACGCCGGCAGCAACGAUGGCUACACCCGCGCCCGCCACGGAAAAUGGAAGCAAUAUACAUCCCGAAUUGGACACUUCUCAGAGAUCUGCCAAUGCCUUGCAGCAACAGCAUGAGCAAUGGCUGGCUUCUCUACGAAAUGGUGCUGGCAGCAAUUCGAAUGGUGUUCCCAUUCAGCCCACAAGGGAGAAUAGUCAAGUUCCAGAUGUCGUCAGAAACGGGAACACAGCGGAUGAUGUGCCAUCGAGCAGUCAUCCACCGUUACCGGUAUGGGGUUCGCCGGUUCCAAGUAAUACUGCUGAAGGUAGUAGCAGCAGGACCACUCCAUUGACCAAUGGAAACCAUGGUGAAGACGAAGACCAAGAUGAAGGGGAAACAUCAUCGGAUCGCAGGACCAAACAUGCUCGUGUGGAAGAUUUAGUUGAAGAUCCUGAUUGA